UGUUUUCUUCCCAAUUAUUUAGAUUUUAAUCAGAAAAUGAAUAUUUGCUGUUUGGUCUGGCUUUCUUUAUUAUUGCAAUAAAUUGUGAGUUGUUUCAUCUAAAGUCAGAAACAUUUCCUUCAGAGUGCCUCAUAUGAUGCUGGAGAUCAGACACACACAGGAACAACAGGAGCAACAACCUGGCCUGAGUUCAAGUUUAUCACAUUUAGCCUUAAGAUCAAGUUCCCAGACUGGUGACAAAUAUUUACUGACUCACAUUUUCUGUCAGUUUUUCAAACAAGAUUGCUGUAAUAUAAAUUUUUUGAUCACACAGUUGCUUAUAUUUAAUAAAUUACUAAUAUAAAACAGAAAACCUUUGUGUUACGAACAACAGACCGAGUUUUAACAGAACCCCGGGAACAGAGCCGACCCAAACUGCCACUAACAAUAUGGCGGCGGCGAUGACCUGUUUGCUCAUCUUCUCUCUCCCCCUUGUGUUUGCGCUUCACCGCCAUCUGGCGGCGCUUUUAACGAACUGCAGCUGGUUCGGCGAUACGCCCUGCGGACAUGUAAUGUGUCCCAGCUCUGCCUCCUAAAACCUGGAUCUUUACCUCCAACAGAGCUGAAAACACGCCUGAUGCGCAGUAAAUCACUAAUAUCGGUUUAGUGUUCGGUUGGGACUUAAAAUGGACCCCGGCUGUCAUAAAACUGGGCCGUGAGGAGCUUUUUCCUGGCAGACAUGGCUGGUUUUUGUCAUGUGGUUUGUGAGAAAACCCGUAUUGGAUCUCUGUGGUCACCUGAGUGAAGAAGCUGAAAAAACCCCCACUGAUGAGCGGAGUGUCAGCGAAUUAGUGGGAGAAAACACGCCGAGUGGGUUUGUAGAAAAAUAUUCACGAGUAUAUCCGAACAGAAAGCUCACAAUCCGAGAGAAAAUCCGUUUUAUUCCACAAAAACCCGCAAAAACAGCAACAGGAACAGAUUCUGAGCCUUAAAAUGGGUUGAAUCGAGUCACGUGGCUACAACAACACAAUCUUAUGUUUUAGGCAUAAAACUUAACAAACAGGGAUUAAAACAAUACUGGUUUUAUGCCGUCGAGAGGAGCGUAAAGGAGUCCACUCCGCGUCUUAUUGGGCGCAUUAAGAGUCGCAGUUUUGGCGCAGAAACAGCCGCAGAGCUCUUAGAGGACAGAGAGGACAAAAAGAUCCGGUUCCGUGUGUUUUCAGCCAGGAUCCGGCUUCUGUUGGCGGUUCCAGCCGCUAUAAACCCGUCUUGAGCGGACCGAACCCCGGGCCGCAGCUCCUUCUCGGUCUGCCCGAUCACAGCGCCUCCUCAGCGGCCUCCAGCUGCGCACCUGCCCGCUCCGCGGCUCACGUGUCCCGGACUGUCUUCCUCACAUGACCCGGGUGUUUGUCCCCGUGAUCAGCGCCUCCAUCUCCGUCCAUCCGAGCUGCUGAAGUUUCUUACAUCCUGGGAAGGCUUGAUGGAGAUGCUGGAGCAGAGCCUGGAGGGCUCGGUGAGUCACGCCAAACAGGAAGCAGAAGAAGUGGUGCAGCUGCAGGAAGGAGAAGCUGUCGGGACGGAUGGACAGUCGGCGGUCACCAUCACCAGCGUCCCCCAGGCUGCCUUCACCGACCACGGCGUUCAGUACCAGUUCCGCACCGAGAACAACGGCGGACAGGUGACCUAUCGGGUGGUUCAGGUAACCGAGGAUCAGCUGGAAGCGACGGCGGAGGCGACCGGCGCCGUCAGCGUCGUCUCCGCCGCUGCGUUCGCUGGAGCUCCUCAAGCCGUGGCUCAGGCGGUUAUCCAGAACUCCUUCAGUAACGGAGGCAGUCCAGGUGGGGACGCCGUUGGAGGAGAAACUCGUUUCGCUUAUUUUCCUGCGGCCGCCGUCACCGACGGAACGGCGGUGUCGGUCCAGGGCGCCGACCCGGCCAUCACCCAGGCGGGCGGCCAGUUUUACGUCAUGAUGAGUCCGUCGGAGGUUCUGCAGACGGCCAGUCCUCGCACCAUCGCACCCAGAACUCACACCUACACUACGAAGGUCGAAGGUCCGCGGGCCCCCAGAGACGAGAGGCGACGAGCUCAGCACAACGAAGUGGAGAGAAGAAGACGAGACAAGAUCAACAACUGGAUCGUCACGCUGUCGAAGCUGAUCCCGGACUGCAGCGUGGACACCAGAACCGGAGCGAGCAAAGGAGGCAUCCUGUCGAAGGCCUGCGACUACAUCCGGGAGCUGCGGCAGAACAACCAGCGGCUGCAGGACGGCUACAAGGAGGUGGAGCGGGUGGAGAUGGACAACGAGCUGCUCAGGCAACAGAUGGAGGAGCUGAAGAACGAGAACGCUCUGCUCCGAGCUCAGCUGCAGCAGCACGGCGUGGAGGUCAACGGGGACGAGACGCCGCAGUGAGCGCUGGACCCCGCAGCGUCAACACGACCCCCUUCAUCCCCGGUGGACCCGACCCGGAGCGGGGAUGGCGCCGCCUCCUGCCCUGACAGCUCUUCACCUGCGCACGGCUCCCAACCUCCUCAUCUCGGCUUCUUCCUGCACUCCGGCCUCCUCGUGUGCGAAGCUACUGGUCAUGACCUGAACGUUGAGAUGCCGCUGGACUCGGACCGGGCCGCUGGACUCGGACCGGGCCGCUGGACUCUGACCGGGCCACUGGACUCGGACCGGGCUGCUGGACUCUGACCAAGCCGCUGGACUCGGACCGAGCCACUGGACUCGGACCGGGCCGCUGGACUUGGACACAGUUGAAGGCUUUUACUUUUAGAUUUUUUUUGUUGUUGACGUAGCUCAGGUAACGGGACGCGGAGAACCUCUGUAGGAAGUUGGGUUUAGUCCCCGUUGGAUGAAGCGUACAGAAACUGAUCUCAGAGACGAUUUUUAGCAUUUCUGCUCUGUCUGCUGGGCAUUAACUGAUACUGUUAGUAGAACCUCGCCUUGGGGAACCAGAACCGGCGGGUUUUUGCUGUGCGAUCUGGGAUCAGCUCCUCCAACCGUACUGACGACUAGCGAGCUUCUGUUUACACUGAAAAUCACGGCGACUUGGACGCAGAACCAGUGGCAUGACUAAUCCUGACACAAUAAAACAGACGUAUUUAUGUCUGACUGAAUUUCUCUCAAAGUUUUCAGGAAAAAUACAAUAUGAUCACCGUCUGGCUUGCCGUUGGGCUGAAGAUGACCUUUGACCCAUUCCUAUGUUGAUGGACAGCAACAGUUGCUUCUCUGAGGUCAUUGCUGAUGUCUUUCCCUCUUGGUGUUGCAU